AUGGCAAUCCUUAAAGAACAUUUAUCACCCAAACCCCUGCUUAUAGCAGAACGAUUUAGAUUUCAUAAGCGAGAUCAACGAGAAAACGAAAAUAUUCAUAUCUAUGUGGCCGAAAUUAGAAAGUUAUCAGAACAUUGCGAGUUCGGGACAGCAUUAAAUGACUCCUUAAGAGAUAGAUUAGUGUGUGGAUUACGCAAUGAAGCUAUUCAGAAACGAAUACUUGUCGAAACUAGCCUUACGUUUGAGAAAGCGCUCAAAGUCGCCGUUGCCAUGGAAGCAGCUACGAAAGAUUUAGUCGAGUUAAGAGGGAAAGCCAAGACUGAACUUCCUGUGUACACGAUGCGCGAAACGCCAAAACAACAUAGGUGUUAUAGAUGUGGCAAAGAGGGACAUGACUCCCAACAAUGUCAUUUCAAAGAUCAAUACUGUAGGAACUGUCGGAAGAAGGGACACAUAAAACGAGUGUGUAGGGGGAAAUCUCAGCAACAAUAUACCCCCCCAACGGCACCAUCAAGGAAGAAAAAAGGGGAGCAGGAAGUACAUGAAGUUCAGAAUGAAAGUGAUAGUGAUAGUGAGGAUACCUUAGCAUCCUUAAAAAUACACAAAGUUGCCAAAGGACACACUAACAUAAUCUGGGUCACACCUGAAGUAGAAGGAAAAUCCCUUCAAAUGGAGUUAGACACUGGCUCAGCUGUCUCUGUCCUCCCACUGAAGCAAUACAAUGCAAUGUUUAAAUCAUUUGAACUCCACCCAACAACCACUGUCCUCAAAACUUACACUGGUGAAAAGAUCCAACCCAAAGGGGUCAUGAAUGUCCAAGUUCAGUAUAAGGAAGAGAAACAGAAGCUAAAUUUGUAUGUUGUUGAUACAAAGGGGCCUGCUCUCUUUGGCAGAGACUGGCUUGAAAAGAUCACACUAGAUUGGAAAACAAUCAAUGUCUUGUCAGCUACACCACCUAGAAACCCACUCACCCGAGUACAAGAGAUCUUUGACAAGUUUACUGAUAUCGGUCGCCUAAGUACAGUCAAAGCAAAGUUAACAUUGAGAGAAAACAGCCAACCAAAGUUCUGUAAAGCUAGACAAGUGCCAUACGCUUUACGACCAAAAGUUGAGGCAGAGUUGACCAAGUUACAAAACGACAACAUUUUGACCAAAGUCGAGUGGAGUGAAUGGGCAACUCCUGUUGUUCCUGUAAUAAAGAAGAAUGGGAACGUCCAAGAAUACCCCCUUCCAAGAAUUGAUGAUAUUUUUGCCACCCUCGGAAGGGGGGGGAAGUUCAGCAAGAUUGAUCUACGGCAAGCAUAUUUACAAGUGGAAAUGGAAGAAGAAUCAAAGAAACUACUAACAAUCAAUACACACAAAGGACUAUUCCAGUACAACCGACUUGUAUUUGGUGUGGCUUCUGCUCCUGCAAUUUGGCAGCAAGCCAUGGAUCAAAUAUUGGAAGGAAUUCCCCACGUGAAAUGCAUUCUGGAUGAUAUGUAG